AUGGAGCGAUACGAAGGAUUGCUAGCUGGUCCUGAGCAGACUGGAGUGAGGGGAAAGAGGGAAAAUAGAGCAAAUUUGCGCCGUCCAGGCACAGCAUUAGAGAGCAAGCCGCAAGCAGGCCUGGCUGUGGCUUUCAGAACGCAAACUCACUCGCCUACUCGUUGGACGGUUCAUACGAGCCGAGCUUGUUCAGGCGACAUGGUUACUUAUUGCUAA